ACGAACCCCUCUUUCAUCUUCAGCUACUUGCAUCUAGUCCAGCACAUAUGCUUAACCCGUGACUCACACACACACACACACACACACACACACACACGCCCCUGUCAUCACACCACUGCACAUUUCCACUAAGUUAGAACAUUACUAAGAGGAGACCCGAGAGGACGUAAGAAAAAACUCUCUUUAUGAUUGUUCACAUUAGUAAGUUUGUAUAUUACCGUAAAUAUGAAUUUCAACAGAACAUAUAUAUUAAUAUACAACGAGCACACCUAUGCAUAUUGAUAUAGAUUGUGUUUAUAGUGAUCUCCCAGUUAAACAGUUAAAUGAUUGUGUUUUUCAGGGCUCUAAGUGGAACUAUGGACGUUGGAUCCAGAAAGCUGCUGCUGCUGAUCCUGUUGUUGAAUAUUACAGUUUCAGUAUCAGGUAUCCAGGACGUGAAGGUGUCAUGCCAUCCUGAGAAGAUCUGUGCUCUGAGGGAGUCAUCUGUGACCCUGACGUGCUCUUACUCAAAUAUCAUCAUCAUCACUGGCUUCUGGUUCAGCCUAAAGCACAAAGCUAAAUGGAGGAAGGAGGAACAUCCAGAGGAUUUAGCUUUAGACUCAGACUACGCAGGACGUGUGAGCUACACAGAGAUGACAAACUUCCGCUCGACUCUUACAAUAACAGACCUGAGAGAGAGAGACUCAGGGGAAUAUCGCCUCGUGUUCAUUACGGAUAAAGGAGAGAAAUAUCUGAGCUCAGCUGGAGUUACUCUAACAGUUACAGACCUGCAGGUGACCCACGACUCCACACAACAAACUCUCACCUGCCGCACUUCCUGUCCUCUGACCUCUACUGUUCACCGGUACUACUGGUACAAGAAUGGACAAUACUUACAGAAAUACAGCGCCAACAUGGAAACUUUAAGAACCGCUGAAGAAGGCAGUUACUCCUGCUCUGUUUACGGCUAUAACAAUAUUCUCUCUCUUCCAGUGUGUGAGUAUUCAUUUGGCUUCAUCAUGUAAUGGAGGGUCUCUUGAUUUCAGUGUUGGGAAAGAAGUUAAUGCAAGCUCAAAAACUCACUAGA